UAAGUCACCGCGUUCGGAAGCUUGAUUCGUUGUUCUUUGCUACUUUACCCGCCAUACACCAUACAUAAUGAACAGGCAACAACUCUGCAGAAGACUAUACUUCUCACGCUCCGCAACAGCAUUCCCAUCAACACGCAUCGCAGCACGCUCAAUCACAACAGCAUCCCCAGCAUCCCCAGCAUCCCCAGCAUCUCCAUCCACCGCUCCCUCCACUUUCAGCACCAUCAACGCUUCCGAAAUCUCCCACUUCUCCAAACUCUCCUCCCAAUGGUGGUCAGAAACAGGCGAAUUUGCACUUUUACAUCGCAUGAAUCCCGUGCGGGUAGAGUGGAUCAGGCAAAAAGUCGCUCUCGCUCCUCCACCGGAAGAGGAAUGGUCGUUUGAGACUCGGCAUAUGGAUGCGCAGAGAGAAGCAGCGCGAGGUACGGGUGCUUGGUUGACAGGUCUUCGAUGCUUGGACGUUGGAUGUGGAGGUGGGAUCCUCUCAGAGGCUCUGGCAAGAUUGGGAGCCACUGUGGUGAGCGUUGAUGCGAGUGAAAGUAAUAUCGGCAUCGCGACCACUCACGCCAAUCAAGAUCCGUAUUUGGCCAAGAAGAUGGAAAAGGGAGAGUUGGAGUACCGAUUCAGUACUGCCGAAGCUUUAAGAGAUGCUGGGGAAAAGUUUGAUGUUGUGUGCUCCAUGGAAGUGCUUGAGCAUGUGGAUGAGCCUGGAGAGUUCAUGAAAUGUCUCGGAGAGAUGGUUAAACCUGGAGGACAUCUCUUACUUUCAACCAUCUCUAGAACACCCCUCUCCCAUCUCCUCACUAUCACUCUUGCCGAAGACAUCCUCCGUCUUGUGACUCCGGGAACACAUACCUACCGUAAAUUCAUCAAGCCCGAGGAACUCCGACGUUUCGUCUACUCUGACAUGGGUGGUUUCAAGACAUGGCAUAGAAAUGAUGACGCAAGUGAUAUCCGGGAAAAUGAAGUUGGUGAGACUCGAGGGAUAAUUUAUGACCCUUUGAAGGGCGCUUGGAGAUUGUGGGAUGGUGUGGAGGGCAGCUGGUGGAAAGAGGCAGGUGAAGUUUGCAAUUACAUGUACCACGCAAAGAAGAGGUCUUAGAAGGUAGGUCAUUCUUUUAAUAUAAUAAAUGACAUGCUAACGUGAAUCGUAGGCGUAGAGUCAAACGAAGAAUGUCAUGUUGUUACCAUUCAUGCAAUAAUAAUAUGAACUCUGCAACAAACUUGCUCCGCAUUAAGCCGUCCCAUUUUCCUCUUUCGCAUAGACUGCUGUAACAAUGUUGCUAACCAAACACAAAAUGCAGCAGACAUCCGAAAGUAUAUAGCAACGGACAAAUCUAUUAGCAAUCGGGCUUCCUAUUUCUUCCUCGGUUGAGACAGCAACCACGAUUCUCUCUUGACACCAAAAGUGAAUCCCGAAAUCCAGGACCCCCACGUGAUGUAGUUGAGCGCUUACACAUCAACUGAAAUGGCUACGUAUCGUAUGUACGAAAACUGAAAUGGAAGAUAAAAGUUGGGCCAUCUUUUUUGCGUGAGGUGACCUGUAUUUGUGUAUACGUAAUUU